AUGACGUCGUGGUCGCAAACCACAUCAAAUCGAGCUUCGUGGCUUCACAUCUUCCUCAUCCUCAUCUUCAUCCUCGCUUUCUUCCCGGACCUCUUCAUCACCGUUCCUUACCUCAUCUACCAACUGCUCUCCUCGUCCUCACAGCCGCGCGCGCCUCCUCAACCAGAGCUCCCGCCGUGCUCAGCUAUCUGCACACCUGCAAUACCCACCAUGUCUUGGUUCCAGAAAAGGAUCACUCUCCCCAGCCGUUCGCGAGGAUCAUAUCUUGUCACAGACCAUAUAGUAUCUCAGAUCCCGGAGAUUUCUUCCUACAAGACCGGCAUACUUCACCUCUUUGUCCAACACACAAGCUGUGCUCUGAGUCUGAACGAGAACUAUGACUCAGACGUGCGGGAGGAUAUGAGCGACGCUUUGGAUAGAAUCGCACCUGAAGACCACAAGGGAUCUUUGUACCGUCACAGCGCAGAGGGGCCAGAUGACAUGCCGGCCCACGUCAAAUCCUCUCUGAUCGGUGCAUCUGUCACAAUUCCAAUUACGAACGGGCGGCUGGCUACAGGAAUGUGGCAGGGAAUAUGGUACCUGGAAUUCCGCACCAGUAAGCAUAUCCGGAAUGUUGUGGCUACGAUCCAAGGAGAAAAGGCGUGA